AAAGUAAAGUGGCGGAACUGCCUCUCUGAAGUGAAGCUUGGAGGCUGAAGCUUCGCUUCCUUUCUUAUCUUAUAUAUUGGCCGGUGUCGCGAUUUCCUGGCCAAGACCAUGCGCCGACUACAUGUCCUUUAUGGUGCCCUGAAGCUGUUAUUUCCCGGGGGAAGAGCGAAGCCGUGGAGCAGGCUUCCUUCUUGCAGAUGGGCGUCGUUCAGAAAGGAUGCGACCCUCCCAGAUGUCAAUAGCUUUGUUGCCCGGUCCAAAACUUGUGGGGAGUUGCGAUCAGCUCAUAUAGGUCAAGAAGUCACUCUGUGUGGAUGGAUUCAAUAUAAGAGACAUGAACAGUUUGUAGUUUUGAGAGAUUUCCAAGGACUAACACAAAUACUCAUACCUCAGGAUGAGGCUGCUUCCCAUUUGAGGAAGCUCUUUUCUGAUGCUCCAGUUGAGUCUGUUGUGCGAGUUACUGGGAUUGUUAUUCCCCGGCCUCCUGGACAGGAAAACCCUAAGAUGCAAACUGGAGAUAUUGAAAUAAAAGCAGAAACUGCAGAGGUUCUGAACUACUGUAAGAAACUACCAUUUGAAGUAAAAGAUUUCGCCAAGAAAACUGAAGCACUGCGAAUGAAGUAUCGUUAUUUGGACUUAAGAAGUAUUCAGAUGCAGUAUAAUCUCCUGAGAUCCCAGGUGGUGAUGAGAAUGCGAGAGUAUCUCUGUAAUCAUUAUGAUUUUGUGGAUAUAGAAACGCCAACACUAUUUAAAACACCAGGAGGUGCAAAAGAAUUCGUGGUGCCUUCCCGGGAAGCUGGAAAGUUCUACUCACUUCCUCAGAGUCCUCAGCAGUUUAAACAACUCCUAAUGGUAGGAGGUCUGGACAGGUAUUUCCAAGUUGCCCGCUGCUACCGAGAUGAAGGUUAACCAGACAGACAGCCGGAAUUCAGUCAGAUAGAUAUUGAAAUGUCAUUUGUGGACCAAGAUGGAAUUCUGGCUUUAAUCGAGGGCAUGCUGCAGUAUUCCUGGCCUAAGGAAAAGGGCCUUAUCAAAAUACCCUUUCCAUCAAUCACCUAUGAUGAGGCGCUAUCCAUUUAUGGGACUGAUAAACCUGAUACUCGUUUUGGAAUGAAGAUCAUUGAUGUAAGUCACAUUCUCAGGAAUGUAGAUGUUGGCUUUUUGCAGAAGUCUCUUAGUGAGCCCUACGCUACAGCGAAAGAUUGCAUUCCCCAGGGAGCGAAAGAAGUAAAAAGGCAAAGAUUGGAGUCCUUAAAAGAAUUAUCAAAAUCCCAAUUUAAUCAGUGCUCUGCAUUAGGAAAGCUACGCUUGAAGAGUGCUGAACUUCUGGAAGCCAAAGGCCUGUUACUUCGUGAUCCUUCUGCCUUUCACUUCCUCUGGGUGGUAGAAUUCCCACUUUUCCUCCCAAAAGAAGAAAAUCCCGAAGAAUUAGAAGCUGCUCAUCAUCCUUUCACUGCUCCACAUCCUUUGGACGAGCAUCUUCUCUACUCAGAUCCCAGACAGGUUAGAGGUCAGCAUUAUGAUCUGGUAUUGAAUGGUAAUGAGAUUGGAGGUGGCUCUAUUCGAAUCCAUAAUGCGAAGCAGCAGCGUUUCAUACUUGAGACAGUUUUGAAGGAGAACACUGAGCUGCUUCAUCACCUCCUUGAAGCUCUGGAGUGUGGUGCACCCCCACAUGGAGGAAUUGCACUAGGGCUUGACAGACUCAUUUGCCUUCUAGUUGGAGGUUCGAGUAUUCGGGAUGUCAUUGCUUUCCCUAAAUCUUUCAAGGGAAGAGAUUUGAUGAGCAAUGCUCCAGAUUAUGUCGACCCACAAGAACUUGAGCCGUAUCAUGUGCAGGUUACAUGGCCCUUGACAGAAGCUAAAGCUAGGACUAACUGAGAAUUAUUUAUUCUUCAGAAAUCU